UAGCAGGCACGAAUAAUCGAAAACUCGCCAGCAUAACCAAGAUGGCGGAACUGUUCGCCAAAUACACAUGCACCAACUGCCAGGAGGAUAUUUCGGGGAUCCGCGUCCACUGCGUCGUGUGCACGGACUUCGAACUGUGCCUAGCGUGUUUCGCUGCCGGAGCCGAAAUCGGACCGCAUCGCAAUGACCACUCGUACCAGUUCAUGGACUCGGGCAUUCUGUCCAUCUUCCGCGGCAAAAGCGGCUGGUCGGCCCGGGAAGAGCUGCACCUGCUCGAUGCCAUCGAGCAGUACGGGUUCGGCAACUGGGAGGAUAUUAGUAAACACAUCGAAACCCGCACACCGGAGGAAGCGAAGGAAGAGUACGUGUCCAAGUUUCUGAACGGCACGAUCGGGCGGCACACAUGGCAAACGGCGGUCGACCAGCGGCCGAUCCUCACCGAUCACACGUCGGACGAUACGGGGCCACUGAGCCAGCUGCUGAUACAGAAGCUGCCGCCGAUGGACUGUACCGCAGAGGAGGCGGCCGCUCUCGGGUACAUGCCGAAUCGGGACGACUUUGAGCGCGAGUACGAUCCGACGGCCGAGCAGCUUGUGUCGACGCUCUCGCUACAGCCGGACGAUGAGGAUGUGGACAUGCUGCUGAAGCUUGCCCAGGUGGACAUUUACACCCGCCGGUUACGGGAGCGCGCCCGAAGGAAGCGGGUCGUGCGCGACUACCAGCUGAUUGGCAACUUUUUCCGCGGCAAUAUGAAGCGCGCCCGGCAAACCCGCGACCAGCGUGAAUUCCGCGAACGGUUACGCACGUACUCGCAGUUCUACACCUCGCUGGAGUUCGAACGGCUCAUCUCUUCGCUGGAACGCGAGCGAGCGCUUCGGAUCCGGCUGUCCGAGCUGAACCGGUACCGCUGGAAUGGCAUCCAGCGCGUCGACGAGUGUGUGCAUUUCGAGCAGCAUGUUGCCGCGGCCCAGUACCGCAACACGGGACCGUACGGACACGGGCGCACGGACAACCGAAGCAGAGGCGGCUCUGGAGAGAACGCCAAAGGGGCAUCCUCGGCGUCGGGCAGCGGAACGGGCCCAAUGGUGGGGGCGGGCCCGCAGACUGCGACCCACGGGGCAUCGGCAAGAAGAAGCGAAGACGCCCGCGGCUCAAAUUCCACCGACCGAAAGCCCACGCACCCCACCGACGACCGGGGCUGCUCCGACGACUCAUACAGCAGCAAAAACUGCUUGGAUAGCUUACAGCGGGAUGCAGUGACGAACCCGGGCGGCCAUCAUCAGCCGACGAGCGGUCAGAAGCACCACCACCACCACCAUCAGGCGAACGCCGCCGGCGGGGUAGGAAGCCUGGCAGCCGAUCCGGCCCAGCAGCCCGGGGGUCAACUGCUAACGUCUAACGAGAUCCAGCUGUGCAGUACGCUCAACAUGCCCGUCACGCGCUAUCUCACGCUGAAGACGGUGCUGCUUAGCCGGCCCGCGCUCGACCACAACAUCAACUCGGUUGCGGAGAGCAUCGUGAAGAAGUAUCUGGUCAGUCGCGGCUGGUUGCAGACCAGUCCACAGAACUAGAAAUAUGGGGGGCACCAAGCGCUUUUUUUACCACCUCGUACGAACAUACACACACCACACAACACAUCAACACACAAAAGGAAACAUUUUAGUUGACGUUGAUUGAUCUCAUUGCACUGCAAACAGAAACGCACCGCUAAUAGUGCGGGAUGCGGUCGUGUUGUCUGACGCGAUGUUUUUGAGCUGCUUUUAUUUGGUAAUUAUUUAGCUGCGAAGCUCUACAUUUUUAGUUGGGAUGUGUGUAAAUUACUCGUGAACGAAUUGUAGUUCUUUUAAGACAAAAUCCGUUUUUGCUUCUCGUGGGAACAGCGCGCGGUAUAUUACGCGCGCGCCGGUAUUGUGUGAACGAUGCCAUAGUUUCGUUAUCGAAAAUAGUUCACAUUCCCACUGCGUGAUAGUAGAUGCUUUUCGAUUUGCAACUAGAUAGAGACACGCAUUCGAUAUUGAGCGUCAGGCGAUAUAAUAGUGGAUUUAGGUGCAUGAAAUAAUUCAAUCUCUACUCUAGAAUAACAAAAAAAAAAAACAACCAAUUGUGUACAGUACGAAAGGGUAUGAAAAUGUUCUUAUUUUAUUAAUCUUAAAUAAAUCGUUACAAUUUAAACUAGAAAUGUA